AUGAUAAUGAAAGGUCAGGAAUCUGGGAAGGAUACUGGAGCCUGUAUUGCAGAGCAAGUGGUGAAGGCAUCUGGUGAGAGCUUGAAGUUAUUAGGCGAGAUCAGACUCCUGUAUUAUGGGCUGUGGAGGAGGGAUCGUUACCAGUUUGUUUUCAAAAAUCUUGGUACAGAUGUGCUUAAAUCUGCCUUUGAAGGUUAUAAUGCUUGCGUUUUUGCAUAUGGACAGACUGGAUCUGGGAAGUCCUACACCAUGAUGGGAAAUGCGGGUGAUGCAGGUUUAAUACCUCGAAUUUGUGAAGGAUUAUUCAGCAAAAUAAGUGAAAAAACAAAGCGAAAUGAGGCAUCCUUUCGAACAGAAGUCAGUUAUCUGGAGAUUUAUAAUGAACGUGUGAGAGAUCUUCUCAGGCGGAAGUCAUCAAAAACUAACAAUUUACGAAUACGAGAACAUCCAAAAGAAGGGCCGUAUGUUGAGGAUUUGUCUAAACAUUUAGUGCAAAAUUAUACUGAUGUGGAGGAACUUAUGGAUGCAGGAAAUAUAAAUAGAACGACAGCUGCAACUGGAAUGAAUGAUGUCAGUAGCAGGUCGCACGCCAUUUUCACGAUCAACUUCACUCAGGCUAAAUUUGAUUCUGAAAUGCCCUGUGAGACUGUCAGCAAGAUUCAUUUGGUAGAUCUUGCUGGAAGCGAGAGAGCAGAUGCCACUGGUGCCACAGGGGUUAGAUUAAAGGAAGGAGGGAAUAUUAACAAAUCUCUAGUUACUCUGGGAAAUGUCAUUUCUGCCUUAGCUGAUUUAUCUCAGGAUGCAACAAAUCCUCUUUCAAAGAAGAAACAAGUAUUUGUGCCUUACAGGGACUCUGUGCUGACUUGGCUGUUAAAAGACAGCUUAGGAGGAAACUCUAAAACUAUAAUGAUUGCCACUAUUUCACCUGCUGAUGUCAAUUACGGAGAAACUUUAAGUACACUUCGCUAUGCAAAUAGAGCCAAAAACAUCAUCAACAAGCCUACUAUUAAUGAGGAUCCUAACGUCAAACUGAUCCGUGAGCUGAGAGCUGAAAUAGCCCGAUUAAAAGCUCUGCUUGCUCAAGGGAAUCAGAUCGCACUCCUGGAUUCUCCAACAGCUUUAAGUAUGGAAGAAAAGCUUCAGCAGAAUGAAGCAAGGGUACAAGAAUUGACCAAAGAGUGGACAAACAAGUGGAACGAAACUCAAGAUAUUCUGAAA